UUAAUUAUUUGUACACUACUUUUCCUGGUUAGAAAAUCUCUCUCUCUCUAAACACAUUGGAUUUUCGUCUUAGAUUAUCUUACAAAAACACACAAUUGAAUCGUUGCAGCCGAUUUAAUGCAUCCAAAGGGCACAAUCGAUGUGCUUGAAGAAAAAUCACACCAUCAUUUGUACUUUCGAAUUUUUCAUUUAUAAUGAUCCAAGACCAUGCAAGUAGCAAUUAUGCAUAUCAUCUAACCAUACCCAUCUGUGUAUAUAUAUCCAUUCCCUCAUUCUUUCUCAACUCACAACUCAACAAUGGCCCGUUUUCUUACCGUUCUAUUCUUUCUCUCUCUUCCUCUUCCCUCUCAAUCUUAUUCGAAUAUCACUCGAGGAACAACCCUUCUCUCUUUCUCCCCAAACAAUUCAUAUUGGCCUUCUCCCUCUGGUGAUUUUGCUUUUGGGUUUUACCCAAUUGAUGGAAAUCAGUUCCUUAUUGGAAUCUGGUUCUAUAAAAUCCCUGAGAAGACCCUUGUUUGGGCUGCAAAUAGAGAUGAACCAGUGCAAAUCGGCUCAAAAAUUCAGUUCACAGAUGAUGGUAAGCUCCUCUUCAUUGACUCACAGGGCCACCAAUAUUGGAUCUACAAUGGAACCACUGGUGCAACUUCGGCCUCCAUGCUUGAUACUGGUAAUUUUGUUUUAGUAGACUCUCUCUCUGGAAUUCUAUGGCAAAGUUUCGAUUACCCAACAGAUACAUUGCUACCCGGCCAAACCUUAGGCCAAGAAAAACCUCUGUAUUCGAAUCGUUUGUGGAGAGACUAUUUGACUGGUCGAUUCAUGUUGGUCUUGCAAUAUGAUGGAAACCUUGUUCUAUACCCAAGGAGUCGUCGUGACAUAUUCCCGAACCCCGCUUACUUUGCGAGCCAAACUGAUGGAGAAAGCCCACCAGUAAAUUUAGUUUUCGAUCGAACCGGAUUUCUCUAUCUGAAAAACUCUAACAAUAAGAUAGUUUACAGUGUUUCAUCAAAUGUCAUAAACCCAGUCGAAGAGUAUUAUCAGAGGGCCACAAUCGAUAGUGAUGGCUUUUUCCGACGAUACUCUCGUCCCAAAAAUGCAGAGAAUGGAGAAUCAUGGACAGCUGUUUCGAAGGCCCCUAACGACAGAAACUCUUGUGGAAUUCCUGGUAUUUGUAGCCUCAAUGGCUAUUGUGUUCUUGAUCAAGGUGGAAGGGCUCAAUGCCUUUGCCCUCAUAAGUUCUCUUUUGUAGACCCCAACUAUACAUUUGGUGGGUGCAAAAGAGAUUUUAUCAUAAGUUGUGAGAAUUACAAAGCCUCAAAUUAUUUACUAAUUGAGUUGGAAAAUGUUGAUUGGCCUUUUGGGGAUUAUGAGUUGCUGCAUUUGGGUGAAGAUGACUGCAAGGAGGCUUGCAUGAGUGAUUGCUUUUGUGAUGCUGCAAUCUAUAGAAGUAAUCAGUGUUGGAAGAAGAGGAUGCCAUUGAUGGAUGGGGUGAAAGAUGUGAGAAUUGGAGGCAAGGCUCUAAUCAAAGUUGCUAGCAGUGGUUAUAUCAGAGCAGCAAACAGAGAUCAACCAGUUGGACAAGGCUCCACCAUUCAAUUGACACUUGAUGGGUGGCUAGGCUUCACAGAUUCAGAGGGCCUACAAACAUGGAUAUACAAUGAAACCAAUGGUGUAAACUCAGGAGCCAUGCUUGAUACUGGUAAUUUCAUAUUGGUAGACUCUGUAUCCUCUAUUUUAUGGCAAAGUUUUGACGACCCCAUUGAUACUUUAUUACCAGGCCAAACAUUUGGCGAAGAAAAAUACUUGUAUUCAAAUCUCUUGGAGGGAGAUUACAGAACUGAUAGAUUCAUGUUAGUCAUGCAAAAUGAUGGAAAUCUUGUGCUCCACCCGCAAGGUCGGAGGGGUCUAGAUCCUAAUGGAGCGUAUUAUGCGACCAGUACAAAUGGAGCAUCAUCGCCGGUUCAUUUGGUGUUCGAUCACUCAGGGAGUUCUUCAUCUCACAAACUGAAGCGAUCAGAAAAGAAUGAUCUGUUUCUCUGCCAGAAAUGCAGCGACUGUAGAGACCAACCUUGUAUCAUUCAGAUAUGCACAGUUGCAGCGUUCAAGGAGCUUCUAGGGCACGGCGCAUUUGGAAGAGUCUACGAGGGCAUCAUGCAUAUAGGGCGUGAGGUCCGAAUCGCGGUUAAGAAAUUGGACGAGCUCGUGGAGAGAAGGGAGAAGGUGUUUCGUACUGAACUAAGUGCAAUCGGUCGAACAUGUCACAAGAACCUAGUUCGUUUAUUAGGUUUUUGUGAUGAUGGCGAUCAGAGGCUUCUCGUCUACGAUUUCAGGCCAAAUGGGUAUCUUGCAAGCUUCCCGUUUGGCACAACCAAACCUAGUUGGGGAGAAAGGAUCCAAUUACCAUAUGGGAUAGCGAUAGGGAUCAUGUAUCUACAUGAAGAUUGUGAUUGUGAUAUACAUCCCCAAAAUGUACUUCUUGAUCAGUUUCCCUCCCCAAAGAUUGCAGGCUUCGGACUGGCAGAGCUCUUACAUCACAACCAAACCCAUACAAACAUGUACAUUAGAGGGACAAACGGAUACAUGGCACCGGAGUGGUGUCCAAAUGGUACAAUCUCUACGAAGGUGGAUUUUUUUGGUUUUGAGAUCAUGUUGCUCGAGAUCAUAUGUUGUAGGAGGAGGGUUGAUUUCCAUCAACACCACUAGAGACUAGUGAUCUUAUCAGAUUGGGUUUCUGAUUGCUUCCAUGAAAGAAAGGUGCAUAUGCAUGAAAGAAAGGUACAUAUGCUGGUAGAGGGAGAUGAAGAAGCAUUAAUGGAUUUAGAUCCAGUUGAAAGGAUGGUUAAGGUGGGAUUGUGGUGUAUCCAAGAAGACCCAUCCAUACCUCCCAUGAAGCAGGUGGUUCAGAUGCUGGAAGGGACCAUAGAAGUUAUGGCAACACCCAUUUCCUCUACCACAUAGUCUUGAUUUUUGAGCUCAUCUGUUAGUCUUGAUUUUUAAGCUCAUCUGUUACUCAAAGCUCUUAAUUGAAAUUUCACAAUUAUUUUACUUUUUUCCUGUUUUUUCUUGCAUGACUUCUAGCAGCACAUGGCCUUGGGUUGUAGCUUUUA